AUGGGUGCAGGAAGGAAGACACGGACACUCCACUUUAAGGAGAAAUCAGUAUCUCAAACGUCAGUUAAUAGCAGUAUAACAGCUAGGAAUCUGAGGAAGAGUGAUCUAGCUGGAGUAAUAUUUGGAUGCAAGAAUAAUACAAUCAGAGAAUGUUUCUCAAAACAGUUGUUUGGAAUACCAGGUUCACAUUACCCCUAUGUAAAGAAAAUAGAUCCUGGUUUACCAUUGUUUUUAUUCAACUACAGUGACAGGAAGCUUCAUGGCAUAUUUGAGGCUACCAGUCAUGGAGGAUGGAAUAUUGAUCCAAAUGCCUGGACUGAAGAUGGCUCAGGCAUUACCCCAUACUCUGCACAGGUUAGGAUACGAGUCCAGAUGCAGUGCCAGCCAUUAGUGGAAGAUCAGUUCAGUCCAAUCAUCGCAGAAAACUACUAUAGACCAAACCUUUUUUGGUUUGAACUAGACCAGGAACAAACAAACAAGUUUAUCUCAAAAUUCUCAUCUUCACUGGUCAUUGCAAGUACCAAGGAUAUGCACAACUGGAAUUAUCUGCCUUGUGAUCCCAAUGCGAGGCAAGAAAAUGACUAUAUGGAUAAAUUUAAUGAUUUUAAAGAGAGCACCACGACCUCUAGCCUUCCUCUGAAACCAUGGAGUGCCUUGUUUAAAUUUGAAACUUGUCCCGAUACAAGAGCAAUGACCGAAAAGGAGAACGCUGAGUCAUCCAAUGUAAAUCUUACAAAUCUCGAUACAUCCAUUGCAGAUCAUAUUGGUGUUGAAACAUGUAUUGAUUCUACCAUUAAGAAAAAAUCACUGUCUGCUUUGUUUACAAAGAGCAUUGAUCCUGGCGCAAGCGAGAUGACAGCAGAAGAUAAUAAUGAAUCAUCUGAUGCAAGCGUGGGCAACGUUGAAAAUCUGGAUGCCAAUAAGUUAAGCAUAACAACCUGCAUGGCUACUGCUUUUCCAGAAAAACCAUGGAGUACUUGGUGUGAAAGUGAAAACAGAUCUGAUGCAAGAGAGGUGAUGGAAGUGGGUAGUGAUGGAGAAAACUCUGAGGUAGAUUCACAGGAAAGAAAGAACUCAGAAAUGGAGUCUUUAUAUCUUCGUUCCGUGCUAGCCAAGUUAUCUAUUGAAUUGGAAGAUUUGAAAUCAUCUCAGUCAAGUCAAGUUCCAAAAAUCAGUUAUUUGGAGCAUGAGCUGGUUGAUUAUGAAUCAUUCACUACUCUCUCAAAGCCUCUUCUAGAAGUCGAUGCAAAUUUAUGUUCUGUGAAAAUUCCAUUUUUCUCCCCAAAACUUUCUUCAACAUUGCUUCAUUUUGGAGUUUUUGUGUUGGUUCAAUCAAGAAAUGAAAUUAAACAACUAAAAGAUCGGUGCAAGAUGUUGGAGUAUGUGUCCUUUCCAGCAAUGGGUCAUCUUGCAGAAGAUGGGUCUGAGCUAGAAGAAUUCAACUCUUGCAGUGAUGAGUUGAUACUAAUAGGAGGGUUUGAUGGUUCUUCAUGGCUGUUGGGUUUGGACUCUUAUUCUCCUUCACAGGACCAGAUGGAAUCUCUCACUUCAAUGAGUGCCAUACGCAGAUAUGCCUCAGCAGGAAGGUUAAAUGGUGAAAUCUAUAUAUUUGGUGGUGCAAAUGACGAUGUCUGGUAUGACACAGGUAUAUUUGUUUUUUCUUUCAAUUUUUCAUCCAUUUCAAAUUGCUGA